ACUAUUAGUGUUAUUUUCAAGUAUUCUGAAGGUCGUUGUUUUGUUUUUCUUAUUUCUUAGUUAUAAAGAAAUAGUCCCACAACAAGUGACUACAAACACGUUUUAAGUAUUUCUUAUAUUAAGAAAGUUGUACGUAAUGCGAUUUAUCUUCUAAUGAACCAAUCUAUUUCCAUUUUAACUUCCUAUGCAAAUGAAGAUUCAUUAUCCUCUUUGGUUUAAAAUUGAAAAUCAAAUUAAUAAGAAGUAUAACGUUUUGUUCUAUUAGGUACUCUCCCAUCGGCAUCGUCAGUCUGAUGGCAGCUUCCCUGGCCGCCAUUACCGAAAUCGAGGAAACCCUGGCCAGAAUAGGGCUGUUCGUUGUCACCGUCACAGCCGGGCUCGCCAUCCAUCAGCUUGUUGUGUUGCCGCUGCUAUAUUUCGUUAUUGUUAGAAAUAACCCCUUCCGUUUCUUCUUUUCCAACAUUCCAGCAUGGGUGACAGCUUUUGCGUCCACUAGCGGAGCAAUGGCGAUUCCCGACGUGAUUAAAGCUUGUGAAGAAAAGCACAAAAUCGACUCGCGUCUUACAAGGUUUGCUGUCCCAUUCGUGACGACUCUUAAUGCUGAUGGUAGUGCAUUGUACAUAGUCUCUGCAUCUAUGUUUCUCAGCCAGUUGGAGGGGUUUACGUUGGACGCUGGGCAAAUCGUUAUGUUGGUGACACUGACCACAGUAGCUUGCAUGGCCCUUCCAUCUGUCCCCAGCUCUAGCAUCGUUACCAUAGUGAUUUUACUGACCUCCCUUAAUCUUCCUGUCCAGGAAAUAGCGCUGCUGUUCACAGUCGAAUGGUUACUUGAUCGGUUAAGGACAACAAGCAAUGUUAUGAGCCAUGCUAUGAGCGUGCCAAUUAUCUACAGAUUUUGUAAAGAAGAUUUAAAAAAUCAUCCCGAACAAACCCAGGAAAGAAAAGUGCGAUUUGAUUUGGAUGAUUAUUCGGAAGGAUACGGAAGCGAUGACAAAAGACUUAACGAGGAAGAAAUGGUAGAGUUUGCAACUCAUAAUCUCUAACUACACCAGGGUCCGCUUGUCCUGUUACAAAAUUAUUGUACAGCCUAUACUUCAUUUUUGUAGACUGUUUUAAAGGCCCCUGAUAUGCGUGCGUACUGAUACACACCUUGAAAAUGGGUUGUGUGGUUCGAUCUA